AUGGAGGACGACGCAGAAGAAAUGAAAUCACUGCGUGAUAGCAGAAGUAAUAUUGAAAGCAAAGAUGAAACAAAUAAAUCUUCAACUGGUCAAAGCCAUGCCCAAGGAAAGGAGAAGAAAGCACGUACAUUUGACUUCAUGGCCAUGUUUCAAGAAGCCCGUCAAACUGCCAUUGAGAGGACAAAGGAUAAUAUAGAUUCCAUACCCCCAGAUAUCGAAACGUUGACUGUGAGUAAGAAAGAAAAAUCAAGAAAAGAAUCUAGUUCAUCUUCUGGUAGUGACAGUAGUGAUGAUUCUGACUCAGACUCUUCUAGUUCAGAUGAAAAAUCUAAGUCAAAGAAAAAGAAGACUUUGUCAAAGAAAAAGACUGCAAGUUCAGACUCUGAUGAGGAUGAUAUAGGGCCUCCACUUCCGCCUGAUAUGCUUGUCUCAGGUAAUACAAAGAGAAGUGACAAAGAGGAAGAGGUGAUAGGCCCACCCCUACCUCCUGAUAUUAGAGGAGGAGGAAAAUCAGAUGAUGAUGACAGUGAGGAGGAUGAAGAAGAAGAGAGUUUGGUCAGUAAAAUUCCAUCCAGCCAUGAAAUAUUACUAAACCAUGGAGUCAAACCUGUAUCUGCCUUAGCACUGGAUCCAUCAGGGGCAAGACUGGUGACUGGAAGUGUUGACUAUGAAAUGAAGUUCUGGGAUUUUGCUGGAAUGGACACAUCAUUACAGUCUUUUAGGUCAAUCAGACCUUGUGAAUGUCAUCCUAUUAAGCAGCUACAGUAUAGUUCCACUGGUGACACCAUACUGGUCGUUUCUGGUAACAAUAAAGCUAAAGUGCUGGAUAGGGAUGGUUUUGAGAAAAUGGAGUGUGCAAAAGGAGACCCAUAUCUCUUAGAUAUGGCAAACACAAAGGGACAUGCAGCAAUGUUGAACUCAGGGUGCUGGCAUCCUAAAGUCAGGGAAGAAUUUAUGACUUGUUCUAAUGACUGCACUGUCCGGUUAUGGGAUGUGAGUAUGGAAGGAAAGAAACACAAGCAUUGUCUAAAACCUCGAACUCAGUUGGGUCGUAAAACUAUCCCAACAACUUGUGCCUACAGUAAAGAUGGCCGCUGGGUGGCUACAGCUUGUCAAGACGGCUCCAUACAGAUCUGGGAUCACAAUAAGUCAUUCGUAAAUGUUUCCUUAGUAAACAGAAAUUGUCAUAUGAAUGGCAGUGAUACAUCCUGUCUCUGCUUCAGCUACUGUGGGAAAAUGUUGGCAUCAAGGGGAGGAGAUGAUACCCUCAAGACUUGGGAUAUGCGCAAUUUUAAGAAGCCACUGAAUGUUGUUAAUGACUUGGACAACUUUUUCUCAUUCACAGAUUGUGUUUUCAGUCCAGAUGAUCAAAUGGUCAUCACAGGACUCUCAGUUAAGAAGAAUUCAGGCAAAGGGAAAUUACUCUUUUAUGAAAGAAACACACUAACAAAGUUGUCAGAACUUGAAAUAUCUGACUCGAGUGUUGUGCGUUGUCUGUGGCAUCCAAAGCUUAAUCAGAUGGUCGUUGGUUGUGCAGAUGGUCAAGUCCGGCUUUUCUAUGAUCCCAAAAAAAGUCAGCGGGGUGCAAUGUUGAGUGUUGUGAAAUCAGAAAGGAAAAGUCGACAGAUAAAAGUGAUGACAACUCAACAAAUUAUCACACCAUAUGCUCUGCCAAUGUUCCGUGAGGGUCGCCCAACCAGUACUCGUAAGGCAGAGGAACGGGUGAGGAAGGACCCUGUCAAAUCUAGAAGACCUGACCUUCCCAUCACUGGACCAGGUGAAGGUGGCCGUGUUGCACAAAGGGGAGCAACUCUUUCUCAGUAUGUGGUCCAGAAUCUUGUUCUGAAAAAACCUGACAAGUACGAAAAUGAUCCAAGGGAGGCCAUUUUGAGACAUGCCAAAGAUGCAGAAGAAAAUCCGUUUUGGGUAGAACCAGCAUACAAACAAAAUCAACCUGUGAAGAUAUUUCAAGAGGCAGAAGAAGAGAAGAAAAAUGACGAUGACGAUGAUGAGCCGUUGUGGAAGAAAGCAAAGCUAGGAUGAUAUUUGUCUGUUUUUUUUGUACACCUGUUUUAACAUUUGUAGAUAAAAUAAAUAUGAUAGGUUAA